AUCUGGCAGCCCUCACUAAUCUCUUUGGGGACCAGAGGGCGACAUCGCAGUGCCACUCUUACAGGAAUUCCCUUCACCUCUUCCUUCAUGAUCCUAUCGCAGCACCGUCUCUGCGGGGCGGAAAAAAGAAGAUACUUGCUGAUGAAUCUUGGCGCCAGCCAAUCGGAGCGCAGACAGAUUGCGGGCAGAGCACGCACGUCGGCGCGCGCAGGAAGACGCGUUGGGAAGGGGAGGACCUGCGCGCCGCACCCUGAACCCGCCCUUUCCGAUCCACCCGAGCAUCCGCUUCCGGCUUCCAGACUGAAUUGGCGAGCCUUGCUGGAGAUGGACAGCCGGAUUCCUUAUGAUGACUACCCCGUGGUCUUCCUGCCUGCCUAUGAGAAUCCCCCGGCAUGGAUCCCACCUCAUGAGAGAGUAUAUCACCCAGACUACAACAAUGAGUUGACCCAGUUUCUGCCCCGAAUUGUCACACUGAAGAAACCCCCUGGAGCUCAGUUGGGAUUUAAUAUCCGAGGAGGAAAGGCCUCCCAGCUAGGCAUCUUUAUCUCCAAGGUGAUUCCCGACUCGGAUGCACAUCGGGCAGGACUUCAGGAAGGGGACCAAGUCCUAGCUGUGAAUGAUGUGGAUUUCCAAGACAUUGAGCACAGCAAGGCUGUUGAGAUCCUGAAGACAGCCCGCGAAAUCAGCAUGCGUGUCCGCUUCUUUCCCUACAAUUAUCAUCGUCAAAAAGAGAGGACUGUACACUAGAGAGUUGCAGCCCAUAGCCCUCCACAGGGAAUCUUCUAGGACAAGCUGGUUAGGCCUCAGGGCAGCCUCUUGGGAACCUCAACUCUCGGCCCCACCCUGGCAGAGUGGCACGGGGAGGAUGGGGAUACAGUGAGGCCCUGCCACCGAGCCAGCUAGCCAGCUGCAUUACCUAAACUGUACUGUACUCCUUGUUCCCUCGUUCUGUAGGUGAGCUUCAUUCAUUCCCUCAAACGGGAAGGAUGGAGAUACCUAGGUAUAGCCUGUGGAGAGCGCAGCUAGAAAAGGCAACUGACAUUUAUUGAAUAUCACGUGCUAGACAACUACACACGUGUCAUAUCAUGUUCAUCAGAGUCUAGAAAUCAAUAGAAAAAAGAAUCUUGAGGCAACUGACGUUUAUUGAAUACCAUGUGCUAGCCAAUUACACACGUGUCAUAUGUUCAUCAGAGUCUAGAAAUCAAUAGCAAAAAGGAUCCUGGGGGCCUUCCAUCUCAUCCCUUCGUUGUACUACCAGUCUCAAAUCGCUCCGGAGACUCCCUGGGACUGCCCCCCCCCCCACUCCCUCCUAUCCUCUCUCCCCCAAAAUAGUAAAAGGCAAUGCUGAGGAAAUGUCGGUGUGACUUUUGGAUGAUAUUGACUGGGUUUUAAAUGCUAUUGAGGCAAAAAUAAAAGCUCUUCCAAAGA